AGACUUGCAGAAGAAGAAGAAAGAAAGAAAGAAGUCCAGCAGGCGAGAGAUUGGUUGUUUGAGGCGAGCAGGGCAAUCAAUCUCUCGGGAAUUAGAAGGGCCCGAUAACGGGGGAGGUCAGAUCGGAUCGGGAGGUCUGGUCUCCGACACGGCAUUACCUGUAGUUUUCCCGCGAGCAUUGACUGGGGGCGAUUUUGUCGAAGGCAGUGAGGCAGGCAGGAGAAACCGACCUGGACUUGUAAUUGGCUUUGUCAUUGACAUCGCGGCGCGUUCUUCAGAGGGACAUGACGAGCGGGAGCGGGAGGGAGGAACGUGACCACGGGAUUUGACUUGCGUUUGGGGGUUGAGGUGUUGAGGUCUGAUCGCAGCGGGAGUUGGUCAAGCCGACCAAUUCCUUGCGGCUCCAUGUGAGCGCUUUGGAUAAGACAUGUCCUUCGAGAUCACCUUCGAGGAUCAGGAUAAAGGCGGAAAAUGGACUGAACUACAAGAUGUUGGCUCAGAUUUGAGGCGGAGGAAGCUGAAAUGCUGGUCCUUCUUUCAGCCUGCACAGCUUGCGCAGAGUAGUUGCAGAUUUUGAUGAGGUGAGUAGGCGGAAGCAGAGGAAUUCGGGUGGUGUUGGUCUAGAGAUUGACACUGGAGUUCGUAGAUUUGUUGCCAUCAAGGCUGACAAAAGCGGAUUCACGUUGUCUUUGGCAAGAGGUUUACCGCAAGGUUUUGGUGGACGACGGAUGGAAUUCCCUUGUGAACAGGUUUGGCGGCUAAUAUGAGGACAUGGCGCAGAAAAGACCUCAAGCGUGCCAUCAAAGUUUGGUUUCCGUGGUUCUAAGGCCUCGAACAGAGGCGAAGAAAGUAGACACUACUUCAAUGUCCAUACGUCAGGAACCUGUUAUGUAGUUGGUAGGUCGAACGGGAUGAGCGUUCUGUCCGCUGGACAAGGAGGACAGGGCAGCUGGCAGCGAACUCUUGCCUGUAACGUGCUUCCAUCUUCCGUAGAAUUUUGGAGAACCAUAUCCAAAGAGUCUGAAGAAACACCUUGUCUGAAGAGUUUUGAAAUAUUCUUGGUACUCAGUUGUCCACUUUUGUUUAGUUCGCAGAUGCGAUUAAAAAAAACUUUGUAAUCAAAGUCAUACGAUCAGAGACUAGGUCCUUUACGUGAGAAUGUCUACCAGUGCACGUUUCCUCCUUGCCCCUUCUCCAGCUGGCCUCUUAACUCCUGCUGCUCCGACUCCCAGUGUGGUUGAUCCAAAUUCUGAAGUCUUUCAAGGAUCGAUACAAUCUCGUCGUCCUCCAGUUAUUCCUUCUAAUCCCAGUGAUGGAGAGCAUCCCAAGAAGCACAGAAGAGUCGUGUCCUCUCACAAAGAGGAGAAAGGGGAACCAGGGUCACCAGUUCAUCAUUCUGGCGAGGAUGUAAGCAAGGAGGCUUUCAGCGGAUCAAUAGCAGGUUCUCGAAGGGCUGGUUUGAAGGAGGACCCGAGAACCACCAGGGUAGUGUUUGUAAAUGAUUCCAGCAGAAGUACAGCAGAUUCCGUAGCAGGGAAUAAAGUGCGCACCAGCAAGUACACCCUUUUGACCUUCCUUCCUCGCAACCUCUUUGAGCAGUUUCAGAGGGUAGCCUACAUUUACUUCUUAAUUAUCGUUGCUCUCAAUCAAAUUCCUGCCCUUGCUGUGUUCGGAAGAACGGCAUCAAUUUUUCCUCUCGCUUUUGUCCUCAUUGCCACAGCCCUGAAGGAUGCCUACGAGGACUGGGCUCGACACCGAUCAGACAUGGAGGAGAAUAAUAGGACUUCGUUGGUGUUUGAUGGAGUUUCGUUUACGCCAAAGAAGUGGAAGCAUAUCAAAGUUGGAGAGAUGGUUAAAGUUCUUGCCAAUCAAAUUGUCGCUGCCGACAUGGUGCUCUGGGCUACCAGCGAAGCCAGUGGUUUGGCAUACGUUGAGACAAUGAAUCUCGAUGGUGAAUCCAACCUCAAAACCAGAUACGCAAAGCAGGAAACUGCGACAAAAAAUCCAGAGGACGAAGCUGUUGGUGUGACACUCAUCUGUGAGUUGCCUAACCGAAAUAUCUACGAGUUUCAGGCCUACCUAGAUCUUCACGGCACGCAUAUACCAUUAGGGCCCAAUAACAUUAUCCUCAGAGGUUGUGAGCUGAAAAACACGUCCUGGAUAAUUGGAGUAGUUGUAUAUGCUGGGAAAGAAACCAAGGCCAUGCUCAAUAAUUCAGGAGCCCAAUCGAAAAGAAGUAGACUGGAGCGGCAAAUGAAUCGGGAGACAAUGUGGUUGGUGAUUUUCCUCUUGGUACUCUGCUCCGUUGGAGGUAUCGGAAUGGGAGUUUGGGUUCAAGCUCAUCAUGAUGAUCUCAACACUUUACCAUAUUACAGGAAGAAGGAUUUUGAAGAUAAUGAAGACUAUAGAUACUAUGGUGUAUUCGGGGAGGCGGUGGUCGCAUUUCUGAGUUGUGUUAUCGUGUUCCAAGUUAUGGUGCCCAUUGCUCUGUACAUCUCGUUGGAGCUAGUCCGCCUGUGGCAGUCACGAUUUAUGACCAGAGAUAUGGAAAUGUUUCAUAGUACCUCCAACUCGCGAUUUCAGUGCCGUGCACUGAACAUCAAUGAGGAUCUGGGGCAAGUGAAGUAUGUCUUCUCAGACAAAACAGGGACCCUGACCGAGAACAAGAUGGAGUUUCACUCUGCCAGUGUGUUCGGAUAUGAUUACGACAAUGCGCAGGUUACUAUAGACCCAGUAGGAGCUGGUGAGGGCAUGAUCACUCAUGAUGACAAUGCAGUUGUCCUUGGAGAUCAGAAGUGGAAACCAAAAGUAGGUGCCAAAGUCGAUCCACAGCUUUUUAGGCUGCUCCAAGGUCCUGCCGACACUGCCGAGAGUAAGGCAGCUCACGAGUAUAUGCUUGUGCUGGCUGCAUGCAAUACAGUAGUCCCGACUAGAGUGCAGUUGGCAGCCAACGGUGAAAUAACGAUGAAAGCAGCAUCCAAUGACUCAGGUCCUGGACUUUCUGGAUUCAUCGAAUACCAGGGUGAAUCUCCUGAUGAACAAGCUCUUGUUGCAGCAGCCGCAUCUUACGGCUAUGUCCUGCUCGAGAGAAAUUUUGACAAUAUUUUGAUAAAUGUUAUGGGCAAGCCUAAGAGGUAUCAGAUCCUUGGAGUUCACGAGUUCGACAGUGUUCGCAAACGCAUGUCUGUGAUCAUCCGAAUGCCUGAUGGGACCAUCAAGCUCUUUGUGAAAGGUGCCGACAAUGCUGUGAUGGACAUAGUGAAGACAGAGGAUGAUGAGAUUUCGCAGUCUGAAGUGCAUACUGGUAUUGUUGGUAUAACGAAUCAGCACCUGGAAAGCUACUCCAGGAAAGGGUUGCGGACUCUUGUAAUUGCAUCAAGAGAGCUUGAUUCCAAGUUGUUUGAAAACUGGCGUUACAAGUACGAUAUAGCCAGUACUGAUCUUCAUAAUAGGGCCGGGCUCUUACGAGAUACUUCACAAAUGGUGGAAACUUCACUUACUCUGCUCGGAGCCACUGCAAUUGAAGACAGAUUACAGGAUGGAGUUCCUGAGACCAUCGCUUUACUAAGAGAGGCUGGAAUCAAGGUAUGGGUUUUGACCGGUGACAAGCAGGAGACAGCAAUAUCAAUUGGAUACUCAUGCAGAUUGCUCACACACGACAUGCACAAACUUAUAGUGCAUGAGUCUACCAAAGAGGGCGCUUUAGAGACUCUUGUAAGCAUGAAAGCAAAAUAUGGUAUUUCUGCAGAGCAAGAUGAGCAUUCUAUACAGAAUGGAGGCUCUACAAAGUCUGGAAACGGUGACAGCUCUCAUAGAUAUAGUGGGAGUUACGACAAUAUGAAUGGGUCUUUCUCAUCUUUUGGCGAUAAUCUUUUGGCGGACAAGAACAACUCGCGAAAACAAUUAGCUUUGAUAAUCGAUGGCAACAGCCUGGUUCAUGCUCUCCAUCCAGACGUGGAACAGGAGCUCUUCGAAGUUGCACGGGCGUGUAAAGUGGUCAUCUGCUGCAGAGUGGCACCUUUGCAAAAGGCGGCUGUAGUCAAUCUCAUUAAGAGUAAAACUGGAGAACUCACAUUAGCUAUCGGUGAUGGGGCGAACGACGUAUCUAUGAUACAAAUGGCAGAUGUAGGUGUAGGACUUAGUGGCCAAGAAGGGCGGCAAGCAGUUAUGGCGUCAGACUUCUCAAUGGGCCAAUUUAGAUUCUUAAAACGUCUACUGCUCGUGCAUGGACACUGGAAUUAUCAGCGACUUAGCUAUAUGAUUCUUUACAACUUCUAUCGGAAUGCAGUGUUCGUGCUCAUGCUCUUUUGGUUUAUUUUAUACACGGCAUUUUCUCCUCAAAAUGCUGUCACCGAUUGGAGUCUUGUUUUCUAUUCUCUGAUAUAUACUUCCAUACCCACCAUAGUUGUAGCAACCUUGGACAAGAAUCUUAGUAGUAGGACCUUGUUCAAGUUCCCGGCCCUAUAUGGCGCUGGUCAGAGAGAACAAAGCUACAACCAGCGUCUAUUUUGGAUAACCAUGCUGGAUACAAUAUGGCAGAGUUUGGUACUUUUCUACGUUCCCUACAUGUCGUAUCGGCAGAGUGAUGUCGAUCUUUACGGAUUGGGGAGUAUAUGGACGUUCGGGGUGGUGCUUUUAGUCAACUUACACCUGGCCAUGGAUGUACAAAGGUGGAACUGGCUUGCCCACGCAUCGAUCUGGGGUUCUAUCGUGGCAACCUUCGUCGUAAUGCUUGUUCUUGAUUCACUAGCAGUGGAGGCUUUCCUCCCGAAUUUGGGGACAAUGAAGCACAUCAUGGGGCAGGUUGCGUUUUGGCUGGAUCUUGUUCUCAUCAUCCCCAUCGCGUUGUUACCACGGUUUUGUGUUAUAGUCAUGAAGCAGCGAUUUUGGCCCUCUGACAUCCAAAUUGCUCGUGAGGGAGAAAUCAGGGGAACUCUUAAUUUCAGUAGAACUGAGAGACAACCCCCGGCUGUGGAGCUCAACAAACUUCCACCCGCGUAGAGCCAUGGGUUUGUGAGCUUGUCAAACCUAUAUCUUCCACCUUAUUUCUGCUAUCGAUCUUGAAUAAGCCCGAAUUUUGUCACUGCAGAAAGAUCUUACAUUCAAAUUCCACAAACCCAUUUUCUACUGAGAGAAUUCUGUGUACAGGUCACAGCCGAUUACAGGCUUCACAGUUGUCAUACUUCUUGAAGUAGAUUCUUGUAUCUAGCAUUAUUUUUCAAUCCCUGGCCCUGUAUAGCGAGUGACCUGGUAAGCGCAAGCCUUUGCCAUUGAGGGGUAGUGCAGGGGACCGAUGAGUUCAAUAAGCAUGCACAUUGCGUGCACGAGUAGAGUCGUAGCAAAAAUUGUGUGAAAGGUGGAUAACCACCUUUCAUCAAAGUUAAUGUGGAUAGCAAGGAUCUGAGAACAUUAUACACGGAGUGCAGGACAUUGACUUGUAUGUCCAGCCUAAAGAUCUUUAGUUUCACUAGUUUUGUACUAUAAUUGGAAUUUCAGCUUGCAGCAGCGCUUUUGCCUC